GUCGAGCAGCGGACGUCGGGAGCUAAACUCCAGAGGCUCACUUCAGCUCAACACACUCCCGGUUAGCUUAACGAUGAGUCGGACGGGGACGCUGGAUCGGAUGGAGCUGUGUGGAAGCCUCCUGACGUGGAUCCAGACUUUUGGAGUGGAGGCUCCAUGUAAGACAGUGGAUGACUUGACGAGUGGCAUCGUCAUGGCCCAAGCUCUACAGAAAAUAGAUAUAGUGUAUUUCAGUGACGCUUGGAUUGGUAGAAUCAAGCCAGAGGUCGGGGACAACUGGAGGUUAAAGAUCAGCAAUCUAAAGAAAAUUUUGAAAGGCGUCAUCGACUAUAACCAGGAGAUCCUAGGCCAGCACAUUAAUGACUUCACACUACCAGAUGUUAACCUCAUCGGAGAACACUCUGACCCAACAGAGCUGGGGAGGAUGCUGCAGCUCAUACUGGGCUGUGCUGUCAACUGUGAGCAGAAACAAGAAUACAUCCAGACCAUAAUGAUGAUGGAGGAGUCGGUGCAGCACGUUGUCAUGACAGCCAUCCAAGAGCUGAUGAGUAAAGAGACUCCGGUGACGGGAGGAAAUGAAUCGUAUGUGGAUCUAGACAGACAGCUGAAAAAAACGGCUGAGGAGCUGAACGAUGCUUUGUCUACGAAGGAGGAGAUCGCUCAGAGGUGUCGUGAGCUGGACAUGCAGGUGGCAGCGCUGCAAGAGGAGAAGAGCAGUUUACUCGCAGAAAACCAGGUCAUGAUGGAGAGACUCAACCAGUCGGACUCCAUAGAGGACAUCAACAGCCCAGCUGGACGCAGACACCUCCAGCUGCAGACACAACUCGAGCAACUACAGGAGGAAACGUUCAGGUUGGAGGCGGCAAAAGAUGACUACCGGAUACGGUGUGAGGAGCUUGAUAAAGAACUGAUUGAUGUAAAGUCACAGAAUGAAGAGCUUGUGUCACUGGCUGAUGAAGCCCAGUCUCUUAAGGAUGAGAUGGAUGUUUUACGGCAUUCAUCAGACAAAGUCUCCAAACUGGAGGGGACAGUGGAACACUACAAGAAGAAGCUGGAGGACAUGGGACUUCUGAGGAGACAGAAUAAGUUGAUGGAGGAGAAGAACACAGUGUUAAUGCAAACCAACGUCGGUUUGGAAGAAGAGCUACGAAAGGCAAAUGCCACCAAGGGCCAGCUGGAGACUUACAAGAGACAGGUGGUUGAACUUCAGAACAGACUUUCGGAAGAGUCUAAAAAGGCCGACAAGAUGGAGUUCGAGUACAAACGUGUCAAAGAGAAAGUGGACUCCCUACAAAAAGAAAAAGAUCGUAUGCGGACGGAGAGAGACUCGCUGAAGGAGACGAUUGAGGAGCUGCACUGUGUCCAGGCUCAGGAGGGACAGCUUACAUCUAGUCUCUUCCCAUUGGUCAGCAACGACGGCUCAGAUUCGCUGGCUGCUGAGAUCACAACCCCAGAGAUUCGAGAACAUUUGAUUCGUCUUCAGCAUGAGAACAAGAUGCUGAAGUUGGCCCAGGAGGGAUCAGACAACGAGAAGAUCACUCUGCUGCAGAGUCUACUGGAGGACGCAAACAGAAGAAAGAACGAGCUGGAGACGGAGAACAGGUUAAUCAAUCAGCGCUUGAUGGAGGAACAGGGUCAGGUGGAGGAGCUGCAAAAGUCUCUUGAGGAACAGGGCUCCCAAGCAGAUGAUUCUUCGAUUCUGAAAAAGAAAUAUGAGCAGCACAUGGAGAAAGUACGAGACCUGAACAAUGAGUUACUGAAGAAAAACACCUUCAUCGAUGAGAUGGAGCCUAAAUACAGCGCCAGCAGUCAGCGAGUGGAUGAUCUGGAAGAGGCCUUGAAAAAGAAAGAUGAAGACAUGAAGCAGAUGGAGGAGAGAUAUAAGAAAUACCUGGAAAAAGCCAAGAGUGUGAUCCGGACCCUGGACCCCAAACAAAACCAGGGUUCAGGUCCUGAGGUCCAGGCCCUGAAGAACCAGCUGCAGGAGAAGGAGAGGAUGUUACACUCACUGGAGAAGGAGAUGGACAAGACAAAGACCCAGAGGGAUUACGAGGAGAAACUGAUUGUUUCAGCCUGGUACAAUAUGGGCAUGACUAUCCAGAAGAAGGCGGCUGAAGACCGACUUGCCAACACCGGCUCCGGUCAGUCCUUCCUGGCCCGGCAGAGACAAGCCACCAGCUCCCGCCGCUCCUACCCCGGCCACGUCCAGCCAGCUACCUCAAGGUAGAAAGGCAACGGGGGCAGAAACAGCACCGCGACAAACUACCUUUCAGAUCCGCUGAACUUGGCUGAGGCUCACUAUCUCCACUCAGUUCUUGAUUUCCUCCUUUCUGUCAAUUGAUUGUCUUCUUUCCCUUCUUGAUCAGAUCCAUGAGGUAGAGAUCCCGGGAACUCCCCAAAACUUGCACCUCUUUUCCCCUGACUAAGCAUAUUUUACUCCACUGAUGCCAGGCUUCUACCAUUUUUGAACCCCCGGCAUAUUCAAUAGGAUCUGACUCACCCCAAACCCCCCCUUCUUUCUCCCUUUCAACCACUGACCUUCUUCAACCUGUACUUUGUGGCAAACCUUUGCCGGGGAGGCAGUUUCGCCCCCCCAGGGGUGGGAGGAGUUGCAUCUCCUCCGUCAUGUCUGUUGGGAGGAACCGCUCUACCUGUUCAUGCAGUCUUUAUGCACAUCUCUACCUGUGAUAACGUUUGAGGCUCAUCUUGUUUUGUGACCCGAGUUGGCAGAUUUUCUGUUUCGUGUUAACUGUGUUUUAACUCUUGUGAUGUAGCUUUAAGAAGCUAACAGCAAAUAUCAGUCACACGUGUCCAUGUUUCAUUUGAUUUGUUUCAGAAGGUUGCUCCUUUGUUUUAUCAAUGUGUUAUAGAGCAACAAAUGCACAGAGGCAUAGGAAGAUGUGUGAUUAUCACAUGCAAAUGUUUAAUUUGAUUUUAACAUUUUCUGAUUGAUUUGGUUUGAAAAACAAAACGCAGUUUGUCUUGUAACAGACGUAAUUGUGAAAGGAUUAUUUUUCUCCCAAGGGAAAAAGAAAGAAGGCUGUUUGAGAAAGUUCAAUCCAGGGCUCAGUAGAGAUCAGUGUGUUAACUGUGUUUACGGCUUCUCAUUGUGUGCGGAGCCGACGUCCAGCAAAGUGAGAAAUGCUUCCGUUCACAUGUUUUUAGCAUCACCAGCAUUUACCAGGUUGUCUCAGACAACACCUUGUGUGCCAUAGUUUAUUGUCCUCGACACACGGUCGGUUUCACCUCAUACAUAGGAAGACAUGUGGUCAAAGGAAAAUCUCGUCUUGAGGUUAAACAGAUUGUGAAUUUCAGAUCCUCGUACUGUCCGGUUGAAACAGGAUUUAGAUUAUAAAUCUCCCUUGAUGCCAAUAAGUCACCAAAGAGAAGGUGUUCAAACCAUAUUGCACAGCAGAGCUACUUCCCAUAUCGUCUUAGAAUCAUUGUUAUAGUAGAAAAGGUUUGUCAUGGUGUUGGGCGCUGUGGUUAAUGUUUUUGUCUUUAUCGCCUAAAGCUCUUUUCUACGUGUAUUGCACGUGAUUUGUCAUCCCAAAUUAUUUGUAUGCGUUUUUUUUUGGUUUCCAUAGCGUGUUCUAAAAGACGUCAACACAAUAAUUCGCUAGCUGUGAAUUUUCAGGGCAUUUUCCUGCUGCGUUGUCACAUGGGUUCACUCAGACACUCUCCUGACAUUUUAUCAGGGGCCUGCUAAGUUCCGCUGAAAGUCCGGAGCAACUGACUCUCUCACGUACAGCCCCUCUGGAAAAUUCCAGGAAAGUGUCCAGUGCAUGUAACCUGUUGUCUUCUGUUGGACCUGCUGAGGCGUUGACUCUAGCUUCUGUCUUCUGACUGUCAUGUCUCUCUCUCUCCUCCUCUAACAGCAAUGUCACUGCAUGACCGCUGCACCACUGACCCGGCCGAGCGAGCGCCGAGCGAGCGGCAGAGGCUCUCCAUGCAUGAACCCCCCGCCCGCCUGCCGUUUGCAUGACUUUGCAUUGACUCCAGCCUGCGAAUAACCAGCACCGCAGCAUGAGCACUAACAACCCCCCCCCCCUCUGCAGUGUCAUGCGUUGUAACCUUCAACACGAGCCGGAGGAGGGAUGUGGUCGGGAAAAAAGAAAACCCUCACCCUCCUUCCCCAGUUCACCGUUUUCCACCCUUCUGGCAAAUGCUCCCUCGCUCCUCUUGUUCCCCUGCUCUUUGUUAUCCUCUCCAU